AUGGCAACAGAGCCGCCGACUGCCGCCGAUCCUGCAGCCGCGCCACGCCCAGGUGGUGACAAGGCGCCAGUAGACGAGUCACAUGGGGCUCCGCAGCCCAAGCGUUUCUCAGCGCUGAACAUUAACCAGCGAUUUUUGCAGAGCGCGAAGGAAGCCGCGCCCAAGGCGCAGGCACCCGCUGCGGCGCCCACGCCCGCCGCGGACGAGGCGCGCGCGGCGCACAACCCCCGCCUCGUUACGGCUAUGCCGGGUCGUGGUGCCGCAAGUGCCUCAACGGCCGCAGCGGAUCCGGCGCGAAAGGAGGCGCCCAGAGACACCCCCACGGCACACGCGGCGCCGUGGGCGCAUGUCAAGCCUGCGGCGCCGCGCGUGAACAUCUCGUCUCACGACUUUCCCACCGCUAAAGAAGUUAUGGAAGCUGAGAAAAAGGCCGAGGAGCGCGCUGCUGCGCACGCCGCCGAAGAGCAUGCACGCCAGCAGGCCGCGAACGAGGAGCUUGAGCGAUUCCGCGGAGCGCAGCUGCCGUCAUCGGAGCAUUGGGAUGAUAUGGAGGAAGAGUCGGAGGACGAGCUGGACGAUGUUGUCGAGUUUGGCGAUGGCAAGCAGUACAAGAUCUCCGAAGUCGAGGAAGAGCUCGCCAAGUCGCACCCGCCGCGGCCCGAGCCGCGUGUUCCGGCGUGGGGCCCAGCGUCACGCGCGCCGUGGCGCGGCGAGCCGGCCCGCGAGUCCGCGCCGCCCGUGUCACUCGCCCGCGCGCCGCCCGCGCUCGCAUCCCAGCCUGCCCCUGCACCUGCACCCGCCGCGACCUGGGGGCCCCUGGCGCAGCGGCACUCGACGCUCACCGGCAAGCCGGUUCCCAAAAUCGAGCCAUCGGCGCCUGUGGUGCCCACCAAGGAGCGCGCGGCCGAAGUGGCCGCGGAGCAGCAUGACGAAAUGGCCACCGCCGCGGAGCGCGCGCGCAAGCGCCGCGAGCAGGACGAACAGGCGCGCGAGGCCGAGCGUGCGCGUGCGCGCCAGAAAGCCGCGCAGAUUGAAGAGCAGCUGCGCGAGGCCGAACGCGCGAAGCGCGAGGCCCGUGAGCGCGAGCUAGAGGCGCAGCGUGAACGUCUGCGCGAGCGUCUGCGGGCGCAGCAGGAAGCGCGCGAAGAGCAUGCGCGCCAGCGCCUAGAGCGUGAGAAGAGGGAGCGCGAGCAGCGCGAGAAGAGGGAGCGUGAGCAGCGCGAACAGCGGCGCCUGGCCAAGGAAGAGGCACGGCGCGCUAAGGAGGAGCCCGCGAGCUGGCGGCGCUCAUCGCUGCCAGCCAGCAGCCCCGGCACGAGCACCGCUCGCACCGCGACCCAGGCCCCCGCGACCGUGCUGAUCCCCGUCGAGCCGCCCGUGACGUGUGAGCCGCUGCCAGCCGAGGAGGCCCCCGUGUGGCGCCAGUAUACCGUGCGUAUGCCGCGUGCGCCACACGACUUGCGCCGGCCCUCUGAGGCAGCUGUGCGCGCGCAACGGCCGCGCGAUCCACCGGGCCUGCUGCAGAGCUGUGAGCCGCCGCUGGACUAUGCGCGUGUCGAUGCACGCGCGACGGUCGUGGACAUCCUGUUUCCUCCGCGCCGCGCGCGUGUGCACCUGCCGCAGCGGCGCAUUGAGCCGGCGGCGCCACAACCGCAUGCCCCACUGCGUCCGAUGGACGAGGCGCGCUGGCUCGAGCAGCUGCUGGGCCAUGUUGAGCAGCACCCCAGCAGCGCGCUCUUUGCGGACGAGGCGCCUUCUCACGCGGGCGCGCGGCCCCGCCGGAAGCGUGCGCCGCGCGUCAAACUCCCGCGUGCGCUUUCUUGGCGGCGGCCCUCGCUCAAGGCGCUGCGCCUGCCGUACGGCGGCCUCCUCGACGAUCCAUUCACGUCACCGGCGCCCGAGGUGCCGCUGCUGGACACGCAGAGUCAGAGCACGUGGGGCGCCACGCUCGCCCUGCCGCUCGUGAGCACCGCGCAGCCCGACCCGGCGGAGCAUUCGCGCCUCAAGAGCAUGUGGGCCAACUCGUCCAAGGACACGGAGUCGCGCCCGAAGAACUCGCUGCGCGAUAUCGCCACGGACGAUGUGCUGCCGACACCGCUGCCACUUAGUAUGCAUGAGCUGCGUGAGGCACCGCCGAGCAAGCUAGACCCAGCGCAGCGUACUACAUACCGAUGGGGGGAUACGCGCCACGGCGCACAGGCGCAGAGGCAGAUGCGUACGUGA